AUGGCGGAACCCGUUGUAUCGCCACCCAAGCCCGUCCACACAAUCGUGCUGGACGCCGGCCCUAUUAUCAAGAAUACCCCGCCGCUUUCCACUUUGCUCGCCCAAUGCGACGAACUCAUUACCACACCGGCCGUGGUGAGCGAAAUUCGCGAUCCCGAUGCCCGUGCCCGUGUCGAAGCCCUAUAUCUCCCUUUCAUGAAGCAGCGAUCGCCGACUCCCCACAGCUUCAGCGUCAUUAGCGAGUUCGCCCGCAAGACCGGUGACCGCUCAGUCCUGAGUCGCAACGAUAUUGAGGUGCUUGCGUUGGCGUACGAGAUUGAAUGCGAGCGCAAUGGGGGCGACUGGCGUCUGCGCAGUGUUCCUGGACAGAAGCGCGUGAAUGGAAAGCCUCCUGUGAAAGUGGAAGAGCCCAAGGAGGAAGAGUCGAACAGUGUCGACGCCGAUACCGAAGGCGUUAAGGAGGCUGUGGCCACAGAAAGCACCGAAGAGCCUAAGCAGGAGGAGACUGCUGUGUCGCAAGAUGCCGAGAUUACCGCUGAGGGUGCCGUCGAGAGUGCCAUCAAUGCCCUCACUAAUACCCCCGCCGAGAAUGAUACCCCCGAUGAGGCGCAGGAAGAAGUGGACGUGGACGAGGACGUGGACGAAGAUGAUGCUGCUGAUUCUGAUGGCGGAGAAUGGAUUACUCCCACCAACUACAAGAAGCAGCUGGCCCGCGAUGAGGCGGGCGGUGCUGCCGGCACUACCACCGAGCCCAAGACCAUGCAGGUCGCAACCAUGACCACUGAUUUCGCGUGUCAAAAUGUUCUGUUGCAGAUGAACCUGAACCUGCUGUCGACAACGACUCUCCAGCGCAUUCAGCACCUUAGGACAUUCAUUCUGCGCUGCCACGGCUGCUUCUUUACCACCAAGGAGAUGAGCAAGCAGUUUUGCCCUCGUUGUGGCAAGGACACCCUGACUCGUGUUUCAUGCACAACCACUGCCAAUGGCCAAUUCAACCUGCAUUUGAAGAAGAACAUGCAGUGGAACAAACGAGGCAAUGUCUUCAGUCUCCCUAAACCCAUCCACGGAAGUUCCAACGGAAAGUGGAAGGGCGGCGGUGGUAAGGGAGGUUGGGGCAACGAGCUCAUCCUCGCCGAGGAUCAGAAGGAGUAUGUUCGUUCCACGGCUGAAGAGGAGCGGCGACAGCGCCGGGAGCGUGACCUCAUGGACCAGGACUACCUCCCUGGCAUCCUGACCGGUGAGCGCAACAAGCACGGCGGUCGUCCCAAGGUGGGCGGCGGCCGCAACAUCAACUCGCGAAAGCGCUGA